AUGGGCGGGUUUAAAAUCCUAGCCAUGGUGCGAAUGAACGUUUUGAGUGAUGCUCUAAAAUCAAUUCACAAUGCUGAGAAACGAGGCAAAAGACAAGUGCUCAUCAGGCCUUGUUCAAAAGUUAUUGUGAAGUUCCUUACUGUGAUGAUGAAGCAUGGUUACAUUGGUGAAUUCGAGAUCGUAGACGAUCAUAGAGCAGGAAAGAUCGUUGUCAACCUAACAGGCAGAUUGAACAAAUGUGGGGUAAUUUCACCACGGUUCGAUGUACCAAUUAAUGACAUAGAAAGAUGGACUAACUUACUGCCCUCUCGACAAUUUGGAUACUUAGUGCUUACCACCAGCGGAGGAAUCAUGGACCACGAAGAAGCCAGACGGAAACAUCUCGGAGGGAAAAUAUUGGGUUUCUUCUUUUAA